CUGUACGUUUGAGCGAUGACUGUUUCUCAUAUAAAGCCUUUGACUCGUUAAGCACGCGUAUGAUGAUGUUAUUUUCAUGAAUUACAUCACAUUUUACUAAGAAAAAAAAAAGAAUGUCACUUGGUGAAAAGGCUACAAUGUCUUAAUGUUUAAAAUUUUUGAUUGUCUUCAGGAGGAAAUUGGCGAGAUAAUCGAAUCAGCUCCAACGACUUCGUUUCACAUCACGGAUGAAUCAAAGUGUUCGACUCAGCCGAAAAAAUCAUCCAAUUACGCGAACGAAGCGUUCACUCCGAGAUCCUUGCCUUCCACGAAGUCUCACGGUUUUGUAAGGCGACAAAAUUCGUUGACGAAGAGCGGCGAGGAUAUCGGCGAUUGGUCGAACAAUAUUCUCGCGGAAUUCAAUAGCAUAAUUGCCAAGGAGAUCAGCGAACUGACCAAAGAGAAGAAGAAGAAGGAAGUCGCGCGCAGCGACGACGACGUCAGGGUGAUACAGUACAAGGAGCUGUUGAACGAAUUCGGGUUAUCCGACAGCGAGAGUUCCGAUCGAACGUCCAACGGCGAACAUGAGCCACCUCGGGACGAGAGGAAUCUUCGAGAACGCAGAAACGGGAGACUGUUCGUCGACGACGACGAUGACUGUCGCUGCCUGUUAAAUUCCGAUUACGACGAGCCGCACGAUCGACUGGUCCCGGAGGGUAGGAAGAGCGACAGUUUGCCGGAGAAUCUGCAAGACGUCAUCGGCAAACGUGGUCGAUUCCACACUACGGACGCACUGAGUUCCGACUACGACGAACCCAGCAAUUGCCUGCCGAUGAAUUCGAUCAGGAGCCAGAUCGAUCGGAUCACCUCUAGUCUACCGUCGAAGUUGGAGCGCGGUUGUCUUGCCUCGAAGAACGGGCGAUUGAAUCCUUGCCAUGCACCAAAGACAUCUGUAGGAUUAAGGACCAAUGAGGAUAUCAACGUGGACAUCAUCGGAAGCCCGUUCAGAAGGGUCGAGGAAGAGGCCGGCGCGAAAUUGCCGCCGCGACAACGAUCCGAGAGGAAGAUAAGUCUGCCCGUGAAUUUGAUGAGUCAGAAGCGUAGAAAGGCAACGCGAUUGCAGAGGUUCCGACGAGGUACCGACGAUCACGAGACGAUGAAUCCCGAUUACGACGACGUAUUCGUGAACGAGGAGAUCGGCGGCAGGUCUAGAUCCUUGGACAAUCGCGUGCCAAAGUCGGCGCCGGUGACACCGACUGAAGAGAAGAAACCACCGUUGUCGAAGCUGUUAAGAAAAGGACGCUCGAUGUUUCACGAGAACUCUGAUGACGUUAUCCUGGUGAGCGUGUCCUCGCUACCGGAUCAAGAUCUGUUGCGUCUAAGAAACGACAGGUAUUACGGAACGAAAAACGGCAAGGUGAUGAGCGUGAAGGAAACGUUGACCAAGAAGAGGGCGAUAUCGCCGUUAACUCUACGCUCGGAUAUUACUGCGAAGAGAUUAUCGGAAUCAGACAGAGAUGUCAGGCAAGUUAGUCCGGUAGAUUUGAAAAAAUUCUCUCUGGUACAACCUUCGUGGAGUAACGACGUCGCGGUGAGUUGCGACUUGCCCGGGAGUGACGACAUUGAAGAGAAUUGCGGGAUCGUAAACGGAACCCUCGGCAAAUUGGAGCACGUUGACGUAAAGAAGAUUAUGGAAGAACAGAACGCGAGAGCGGGAUCCCUGCCUAUUUCUCUGCAGUCCCUAUUGUCGAGGAUACGAAAUGGUUCGGGUUCUUGUUGCCCGAAUAGUCCACCGAUGGACUCUCUUACUUGCGCCGACAUGGCAACUCAAACCUCGCCGGCGAUUUCGAGAAGUUCCAGCUUCACUUGGGUCAGCGAUUGCGACUCUCCCCAAGCCGAGUCCCAAUUAGAUUCGCAGUCGUUGCAAGAUGAAAGCACGUUAGACCCAGUUUCUCCCCAAGACACCGUGGACGACGACAAUAGAUCCUCGUCGUCGUCGCAGGACCUCUUGCAGAGCAUGGACGAGAUUUCCUCCGGAAGUCUGUCACCGGAUACCACUGACAGAGCAUCUCCGCUCGAAAGCGGAAUUGGAACAGCGAGUCCGCCUAGAAGCACGGAUCGGCGCUUGACUAAACCGUCAACACCGAACAAAUGUCAUCGUAAAGAGACGUGGGAGCGAAUUCGGCGACGACCGUCGAAAUUGAGCUCGCGAAACGACAAGAACUCGCAAGACGUGUGGAUCAAGCGCGAAAGCGUGCACACGCAAACGAAACAGACCGACGAUCAGUACUCGCAGGAUGCGGUUGACAGCAGUAGCGGUCUCGAUGAUUCCUUGCCGAGGAUCAAGACGCCCAGACCCACGAAUUUACCGCUAUGCUUGUCCACCACCACGAGCAGUUCCUUGAGCUCGGGUGAACUGCUCGAGACGCCGCCUCGAGCGCCGUCUUCGCCGUCCGCGGCGAGUCUUCAGCUGAAACCAGAACCUCUGGCAGUGGAGAUGGGUGGCAAGAGCAGCAGUGCCCCGUUGUUGGAGAACAACACCGACGCCGGGAAGGUUAAUGGGAAGGUGCCGAGCUUGCAGCAGCAGCCGCGCUCGCAGUCGGAACGUCAACUAUCAGAAAUCGAGGCGCAAGAAGCUUGCAAAUGGUUGAGAGCUGCCGGAUUUCCUCAGUACGCGCAAAUGUAUGAGGAUUAUCAGUUCCCGAUAGACGUUUCCGGCGUAGCCAAGGACCAUCCCUUCCUCGAGGCCGAUUCGCUGCAAAGCCUCUUUCGGCGCCUGCACGCCCUUAAUCGUUGCGCCAAUAUGAAACUAGACACGCACCAUCAUACGCACCACAGCACGAGCCAUAGCAAGAGCGGCAGUGGUGGUGGUGGUGGCGGUGGUGGUGGUGGUGGUGGUGGUGGUGACGAGUCCGACGAAGACACGCAGUGCGCUUUGAGCGAGAACUGGACCUUCGAGAAAAAGACGAGACGUUGGUCCCGCAUAGUCGACGUCACGCAGGCGAACGUCGAGAGGCUGCAGGCGAUCGCCGGACAGAACGCCGCGUCCGAGGAGGAUUCCCUCGAGGAUCGUCUAGAGGCUGAAGAGGCAGAGGACACUAUGCUGGAAAACAUGCGAUACGGUAGCCUGCCCCCGGGCACUCUCCCCGACGAGAUGGGUCCGCGGUUUCGCAGGUCCGGCUCGGAGAGGCUGCGAGACGGCGCCAAGGCCUUCUUGAGACGCGUGGAGUCCCUGAAGUCGCGACGACGAAAGCGUCAGAAUCGCGACGGAGUCGUGAUCAGCGGGCCCCAGGUACUCGACGUCAUGUCUAUGCAGCAAAAGAUGAAAGAACUUAACUGCGUGGACGUGUCGCUCACGGGACCCGCGCCGGUGGCCUUCAACGAUCUCCUGUCGGUCUCGCCUAAUCAGAUUCCCGGCUCACCGUUGACCUUGCCAGCCACUCCCUAUCAUCUGCCGCCGUCGCCCUUGGCGAACGCGCCCAGCCCCUUCGGCGACGACUCGUCCAGCUACUGUUCGGACGGCUCGCAGGGCGGCGGACCGACACCGACGCCGAUCCGCACGAAGAUGAAUCGCGCCCGUCGAUUGCUGCACCGCGGCAGAGAGGAUCAGGGCGCGUUGAGCGACUCCGAAUGUCAGCCGACCAAUUGGCGGCACCGAUACUUCUGCGAUGCGAACAGCAACCACGCCAAAGUGCUAGAGUUCGUGAACGCGCAUCCUCAGAGCUCCAAGGACUCGCCGGCGAAGAACACGGCGAUCACCACCCGUGGCGGCAGUCUGAAUCUCGGCAAGGAGUCGCAGAGGUAUCGCGACAAGCUCGUCCAGGACAAAGAGGACAAGGUGGUGUCCUCGAAACGGGAAGAGAAACUGCACAAGAGCUUCCGACAUCGCGAUAGUGAGUACAAGGACGCUGGAAAAUAUUUGAACAAGGAUGUGACGAUCUAUCGGGAGAAGUCCAGGUCCAGAAGCUCGGAAUUGGCCGGCAGUCAGGAGAGCGGUUCCACCAUGGCCAGCAGAGACUCCGAUCAGGAAGAGGAAUCGCCUAGGCACAAGGGCACCGUCGUCAGGUGGCACAGCUUUCAAAGGGGAUCGCUAUAUCCCGAACCCUUGGACCCGCUGUGUCCCAGAGCGAUGGCUUCCAUGUCUUGCGGACAGCUUUUGGUCCUGAGAAAAUUGGCGCUGUUGAAACUCACGGCAUGCAUGGAACGAUACUGUCCGACUCAUCGUACUGGAUGGAACUGGGAACUUCCGAAGUUUAUCAGGAAGAUCAAGACGCCCGAUUACAAGGACAAGACCGUUUUCGGAGUGCCGCUCUUGUUGUCUCUACAGAGAACCGGUCAAGCUUUACCUAAGUGUAUCCAGAUCGCUCUGAGAUGGUUGAGAGCCAAUGCGCUGGACCAGGUGGGCAUCUUCAGAAAAAGCGGCGUCAAGUCGAGGAUACAAAAGCUAAAAGUCAUGACGGAGACUCAGGGAGACAACAUCAAUUUCGACGGGCAUCAGGCAUAUGACGUCGCCGAUCUUGUCAAACAGUAUUUCAGGGAGUUGCCGGAGGCUCUAUUGACGAAUAAACUCUCAGAGACGUUUAUCGCCAUCUUUCAACAUGUACCAGCGGAGUUGCGUCCCGAUGCUGUGCAGUGUGUCCUGUUGCUGCUUCAGGACGAGCACCGCGAGGCACUAGAGACUCUGCUCGACUUCCUCAACCAUGUCGCUAGCAACUCGGUCUACAACCAGAUGACAGCCUCGAAUCUGGCGGUGUGUCUAGCGCCGAGCCUGUUCCAUUUCAACCAUAGCAACACGAACGUGACCAACAGGUCGAGCAGCGUGUCGCCACGUAGGCGGAAGACUGUGGGUAUCCCCGACCAGCGAGAAUUGUCGGAAAACAAAGCCGCUCACGACUGUCUUCUGCAUCUGGUCAAGACGAAUCGUGAAUUAUUCAUGGUCUCGUCGGACAUGUUGACGCAGUGUCAUUUUAAUUACAUGGAGGAAAGCAUUCCGGUCGCACUAGAGGAACUCGGCUCGGAACUGAAACAGGAUUGGAGAGGCUACCUGUACGCCUGCACAACGGCCUUAUUGAAGGAAGCGCGAGAAAACAGAAGUCGCGGCUGGGUCACGGUAAACAAUCCCGCUGACAAUACUGUAGAAAUGGCGUACAAGAAGGUGGGUGACGGACAUCCGCUUCGUCUUUGGCGAGUAUCAACGGAAGUCGAAGCUCCGCCGAAUGAGCUCUUACAUCGUGUCUUACGAGAGAGACACAUCUGGGAUCCGCAACUUUUAAAGUAUAGACUGGUAACCAAGCUAGAUACCAAUGUGGAGGUCUUCCAAUAUGCCACCGGAAACAUGAGUCCGCUGCCUGCCAGAGAUUAUUGCAUAUUAAGAUCCUGGCGGCAUGACCUUCCCAAAGGUGCCUGCGUCAUUGUCGAAACAUCCGUGGAACAUCCAGAUGCUCCUGUCAUGCUCGGCGGAACCCGCGGCAUCGUUUUGGCCUCUCGUUAUCUUAUCGAGCCGUGUGGCAGCGGCAAAUCCCGCAUUAUGCAUUUAUCCAGAGUCGAUACGAAAGGUCGUACACCUGAAUGGUACAAUAAGAGCUAUGGGCACAUCGCUGCUCUUCAUCUGAGUAAAAUCCGCAACUCUUUCAAGCACACCACCGACGGGCCCGAAAGCAAAGUUUGAGAGCAGGAUACUGUGCAACAUCAGUUGUUGCACGGUUCCAUCUCUUCUUCCUCUUCAUCCCCCAUGUUUCUCCAAGUUCCCGACGAGGAGCAAUACGAUCAUAGACUUCUAAAGGAAGUACUACCAGUCCAGCCUACGAUCGAUGAGGAAUAAUCUCGAUCGAUCGAGCAAUUAGUAACCAAAACCCACCGAUGUCAUAAGUUAGCGUCAUUCAACAACAACCGGUUCUAGAUUCGAUAUAAGUAACUCGAUGUUAUCGUAGUAGUAGGAGAAUCCUCCGUAUGACGUUUACUGUCCAAAGAUCUUACCGUCCGUUUGUCGUGAAAGUUGUGAGGAACAGGAUGUAAAAAAAGAAUUGAAUUAUCUUACUCGACAGUUUCAAUAACAAAAGUGACUUUAAUGACUUAAUAAUUUCGGGAUUAACAAGAUGACAUUAUUUUUGUGAUUUUGAUGUUGUUCAAAAGUAUAAAUUUUAUCGAUUCUGAGAUUGUGAUCGGGUAAUUCCUGAAAUCGUGUCUUGCUGCGCUUCAUUGAGCUGAAUCGCAUUUUAAUAAUAAGAGAUCAAGAUAAACGCUUCUGGUUGCAAGAUAUAUAAAAGAUGAACGUCAUUCGGUGUUUUCGACGACUAUGUUACGUAUAUGUUCGGUGUGAGAGUAGCAAUUUCAUGGGUUUAUUCUGUGCUACAGCAACUUCGUAUCUGUGAUAAAAAUAAAAUAAAAACAUACCUGCGCGCGCGCAAAAAUAUA